AUGUCUCCAAUCGACAGCAUCGAGACAUGCCUUUUUCCUAAUUUUAAUGAUGGCUCGAAAUCCGAUGACGAGGUUGAAUCCCUCCCAAUAAUCCUUGAAGAGUAUGAAAGAAUUUCAGCCUUUUGCGGAGCCCAUUCUAUCCCGUUCAGUGCCCUUUUUUAUCUUGCCUGGGCUAUUGCGCUGAAGCGUUAUACUGGUACAGACUCUCCCUGCUUUGGUACCGUGACCACCGAGUCCGAUUUGCAGGUUUUUGCCCUGAAUAUCCAAGAUGAAGAUACUGUUGUUAGCCUUGCCCAGAAUAUCGCCAGCGGAGGCUCCAGUGCUCGAACUCUGCCAUGGCCUGCCGCGGGGCAGGUCUGCAACACAGCCACCCUGGUCAGAGGCGGCCAGAAUAACGGCAAGCUGGCAAAGGACCUUAUAUUGAUGAGAUCUGUUAAAGAGGGAUUCAAUGCGAAGUUUGAUGUGCUCCUGAUUAUGACUGUAUCAGCUGCCGGAACCACUCUGGAGCUUAAGUACAAUUCGUCUUAUCUCUCUUUCAGCCAAGCCUGCAACCUGCAGCAUACCUUGGCUCAGCUUCUGGCUGACAUGACAGCCAGUCCAGCCGGUUUGGUUGAAGAAAUGUGGCCACUGAGCAAGAGAGACCGCGAGCAAAUCCUUGGCUGGAACAGUUCGCCACUAUCCACUAGCUACACUUGUAUUCAUGAUGUGAUCAGCUGCCGUGCCAAAGCCAAUCCCGACUCUGAUGCUCUUUGUACAUUUGAUGGAGUUGUAUCUUAUAGGGAGUUUGAGACAUUAACAAACCGUCUGGCGUGUUAUCUAUUGGCCCAGGGGAUUCCCAAACACUCUAAGAUCCCCUUCUGUAUCGAGCGAUCUUCACUUGUCUUGAUUGCCAUGGUCGGAAUUCUAAAAGCUGGAGCUGCUUUUGUUCCCUUGACACCAGAGCAGCCCAUGGACCGCAUUCGUCUUGUGGUAGAAGAGGUUGAAGCUCCAUUGGUUGUGACCUCGCCAACACAGGCCGGGAAAUUGUCAUUUGUCGCCCCCCUGGCCAUUUUAUCCGGCGAUAUCCUUGAAAAUUCACCAGUCAAUUUGUCACAACUCCAUGGCUUGUCCACACCUGAUGACCUGGCAUAUGUUAUGUUCACUUCCGGAAGCACUGGGAAACCCAAGGGAGUAUUGAUGGAACACAAAGCCUCCUGCUCGAGUUCAUUUGGAUACUUGAGAGAUCUGAACAUGAAUGAAAAAUCCCGUGUAUUUCAAUUUGCUCCCUAUACCUUUGACGCAAGUAUUUUUGAAACCCUCAGCGCUCUCAUGUGUGGAGGUUGUGUUUGCAUUCCAUCCGAGCAUGACCGCAUGAACGAUGUGGAAGGUGCGAUAAGGAGAUUGCGCGCCAACAUUGCGUUGUUCACUCCAACAGCGGGCUCCUUGCUCAACCCUGAAGCAACCGGACUUAAAAUGGUUGUGACUGGAGGUGAACCAGUUCCAAGAAAAUUCCUCCAGGACUGGGCUGAAUCCGUGCAUCUCGCACAGGCAUACGGACCAACUGAGGCUGCAGUUUGCAUCACCCUUCAGCGAGGAUUGACUAUAGACGCCACCCCUAGCAACAUUGGAAAGAGCACAUGGGGACACAUCUACCUCGCGGACCCCAAAGACCCUCACCGGCUGGCUCCAGUGGGUGCAAUUGGUGAGAUGCUUAUUGAAGGUCCAAGUCUUGCUCGUGGAUACCUCAACAACUCCACCGCCACGGAUGCUGCUUUCAUUGAGAUUCCCAGUUGUUUCGACAACAAGAAGAUGGUUCGGUGCUAUCGCACCGGUGACCUUGCGCGAUACGGCAGCGAUGGUUGCAUCCAUAUUCUGGGCCGCAAGGACACUCAGGUCAAGCUCCGCGGACAUCGUAUGGAACUUGGAGAGAUUGAACAUCAUCUUAACCUCUGUGCUCCAAAAGGAAUGAAUACAGCCGCCAUGAUCAUCUCAUCCUCGGAUAACCUUUACCCACCCAAGCUCGUUGGCUUCCUCGAGUCGAAAGAAACUACCCUCGAUGCAUCGCUUUUUCUUCAAAUCGAAUCCACACUUUACCAGAACCUUCCCAGUUACAUGGUUCCCUCCGAUUUUCUAACGUUGUCCGAUUUUCCCAUUGCUCUUUCGUCUGGUAAACUUGACCGAAAGACGAUGUGCCAAAUUGGAGAGAAAAUGUUGGAGGAGAAACAGAAGCAAAAGAGCGGUUCUAGGCCACCCAGUACACCUAUGGAAUGUGCUUUGCAGGGUCUUUGGGCCAAGGUCCUACAUCUUGCUGAUCCAAGUGCCAUUGGUGCCGAAUCCGACUUUAUCAAAGUUGGAGGUGAUUCUAUCAACGCAAUGAAACUAGUGGUGGCCGCAUGUUCAAACGGUGUGUCGCUGACGGUUGAAGACGUCUUGCGUAACCCCAAACUCUGCGAUAUGGCGUCCGUUGCGUCUUCUGGAAAAGUUAAAAAAACCAGUAAGCUUGUGCCUUUCGCAUUGCUGGACGCAAAAGACGUUGCAGAUAUCAAAGAGAAGGCUGCCUCAGCUUGCGAUGUCUCCGAAGAUGUCAUUGAGGAUAUCUAUCCAUGUACCCCUUUGCAAGAAGGAUUCAUGGCGAUCUCAUACCGACAACAAGGGUCAUAUGUUGGCCAAUAUGUCUUUUCGGUCGCUGGGAUUGUCCCCACACACGCCCUCAUGACAGCGUGGGAAGCUGUCUAUGCAGCUUCACCAGCUCUGCGAACCCGGAUCAUCUCUAUUGAUGAUGACAAGACUCUCCAGGUUGUGGUACGUGAUACUAUUAAUUGGCGGAAAUCAGACGACUUGGAUUUGUAUAUCAAGUCAGAGGACCUGUCCAUGCAAUUAGGCGAGCCCUUGAGUCAACAUGCCAUUAUCCUCGACAAACGCUCUAAUUCCACGAAACUGGUUUGCACGCUGCAUCACGCAAUCUAUGACGGUUGGACUUUGAAGCUGCUCGAGGAACGUCUUCACAAGGCCUAUGCUGGUCAAAAUCUCGUUCCUGACCAGUUCAGUACUUUCCUUCGGUUCACACAAUAUCUUGACAAGGGUCCAAUGGCAGAAUUCUGGAAGAACUAUCUUGCCGGUGCAAAGAAAACGUGCUUUCCAACACUCGUGCUUCCAGGUUAUGUGCCAAAGCCCCAGAGCAGCAGGAGACAUGAGAUCAAACUGGGAAAUGUUGGAUCUAUGGGUGUCACGGCUUCUACGUUGAUUCAAGCCGCAUGGGCUAUUCUUCUCGCUCGUCUCACCGAAGAAGAAGAGGUCGUGGUAGGUACCACAUUGACUGGUAGAACUGUAGAUCUGGAAGGCAUUCAAGAUAUGGCUGGACCAACAAUCACCACAGUCCCCAUCCGAGUCCGAUUGUGUGAUUAUGUAGCUGCCAACUUCGGAGACACUGUGAAAACCCGACGGAGUCGGCCACUGACGGAAAUCUUGACAGAGAUGCAGGAAUACGCCAAAACCGUCAUUCCUCAUCAGCACUACGGACUGCAGAACAUCCAAAGUCUCAGCGAAGAGAUUCACAAUGCCUGUGAUUUCCUCAGUCUACUGGUUGUUCAGGCACCAGAUCAGAUGGGCCAUGUCAAGUUGUUCACUGGAAAAUACGCAAAUGACAACAUGGACGGUCUUCACACAUAUGGUUUGCUAUUUAGCUGUGAAUUGACUGACUUCGGUGUCAAUGUCCUGGCUAGCCAUGAUAAACACUUGAUCAAUGGUGACCAGGUUUCUCGUCUUCUUUUCCAGCUCGACAAUAUCCUGCAACAGAUGUGCAACGGCCAAAACGCUACGGUUGAUGAUUUACUUCUUGCUAGCCCUCAGGAUGAGAGUGAGAUUGGUGUAUGGAACUCCAACAUCACAGAGCCAAUCAAUGAUUGUGUGCAUAACAUGAUCAAGAAGAACUGUAACAGAAACCCGAGUGCUCCAGCCGUCGAUUCUUGGGAUGGUAACCUUACCUAUCAGGAACUGAUUAGUCUUUCUUCCCGCUUGGCUGCUGAGCUGGUCUCUCGUGGUGUUGGUCCAGAAGAAAUCGUGCCAUUGGCUUUUGACAAAUCGAUGUGGACAAUUGUUGGUGUUUUAGGAGUUCUCCAAGCUGGUGGAGCAUUCACUAUUUUGGAUAUGGCGUUGCCAAUUGAGCGUAUCAAGCUCAUUAUCCGUAAGACAUCUGCGAAGGUGGUGGUUGCUGGUCGAUCAGCCCUCCGCAAAUUGUCCAUCCCUGAAAUGUUCAUUCUGGAUGACAGCACAGUCCCUAACCUUCCCACCUCGACCGAUACCCUGAAUCGUGUCAAUGUUGGCCCGAGCAAUGCUGCCUAUAUCAUGUUUACUUCCGGAAGUACUGGUGAGCCCAAAGGAUGUGUUCUUGAACACGGAUCCUUUUGUACGAGUGGGUGGGGACAGGGUCAAGCAUUUGGAAUGAAUCCAUCGACUCGGUCAUUGCAGUUUGCAUCAUACAGUUUCGCAGCUUCCAUCAUUGAGAUAUUGACUACAAUGAUUCAUGGCGGAUGCGUUUGCGUUCUGUCUGACGAGGAACGUAUGAACAACAUCUCCAAUGCAAUCCGGGAUCGUAACGUGAACUGGGCGUUCCUUACGCCAUCUUUACUUGGUGUGUUAGAACCCGAGACUGUCCCAUCUCUCAAGGCACUCUCCAUUGGCGGCGAAGCAAUCCGUGCUGCACAAAUUGCGGAAUGGGCUGACCGUGUCGACCUUCAACACGGAUAUGGAAAUGCCGAAUGCUGUGGUGUUGUUUGCACCAACAGCUUGAAGCAGACCUCGGACACAAAGGAUAUCGGUCAUGCGUAUACGGGAAGAUGCUGGAUCGUUGAGCCCAACAACGCUGAUAAGCUCACACCUGUCGGGUGCGUCGGAGAGAUUGUCAUCGAAGGUCGUGUUGUUGGACGAGAGUACAUGAAUGAGCCAGUCAAGACACGGGCGGCCUUCAUCUCUGCACCUGAAUGGCGCAGUCGGUUUGGGCCAAUGCCUGCUGGCACUGGGUUCUAUCGAACAGGCGAUCUUGGACGUUACAGUGCCUCUGAUGGUAUGUUGCAGUAUAUGGGACGAAAGGACACACAGAUCAAGUACCAUGGCCAACGUAUUGAACUGGGUGAAAUCGAAUACCACGUCAAGCAGUCCGCACCGGAAUGGGCUGAAACGGUUGUGGAGUUGGUUAUUCCUGAGAAUGGUACUAAGGAUAACGCUGUUCUUGCUGUCUUCAUCGUCCUUAAGGAUUAUUACGAUGGACCAGAAGAUCUGAAAAACCUCAGCGAGAUCACCAGGUCGAUGACCAGAGAUAUUGCAAAGAAUAUCAUCUCUGGAAUUACUGGAGUUGUACCCAAAUAUAUGAUUCCAACUGUUUUUCUACCGCUCAAGCAAAUGCCAAUGACCUUGUCCGGAAAGACAUACCGCAAGGGACUGCGGGAGAUUGGUGCGGGUCUUACCGUUCGCGAAAUGAAGAGCAUUCUUAAUACCCAAAAGACAACCACUGCUGUGACAACCCAACAAGAACAGGUCCUCCAAAGGUGCUGGGCUGUUGUUCUCGGCGUGGAAAAGAGCGAAAUCUCUGCCCAGGAUAGCUUCUUCUCCAUAGGUGGUGACUCUUUAAGUGCUAUGCAACUAGUUGCCACUUGCCGCAGUGAGGGCAUCUCCCUGACAGUGAGAGAUAUAUUCCGUUUCCACAGGCUGGGAGAUAUGGCCAAGAAGUGUACUAUCGCCAAGGACUCCAAGGUUAAUCGCCUUGUACCAUUCAAGCUUCUGGGUGAUGACCGUGACACCAUUGUGGAAGCUGUUCUCUCCAAUUUGCCCGACCACAGUACGAAGGACAUUCAGGAUAUCUAUCCAGCUCUGUCAUCUCAAAGGGAGACGCUCAUCACAUCCACGCGAAUUGUAGGCGCAUAUAUGGCUCAGUUCUGUCUGAAACUUCACCAUGAUGCAGAUGUUGAUCGUUUUAGAUCUGCGUGGGAAAAGACUAUCUCCGAAAACGAAAUCCUUCGAACUCGGAUUGUUAAUACUGAUGCUUUCGGUUCCAUGCAGGUCAUCUCUAAUCAUUCCCCCAAAUGGGUUGUCAACGCCGAUUUGGACAACUAUCUCCAGGAAGACCAGGCACUUGGUAUGACCUUUGGUGAGGCACUUUGCCGCUCUGCUAUUUCCCGUGACCAGGAGACAGGUUGUCCUAUCGUUAUUAUCAGCUUGCAUCACGCCUUGUAUGAUGGUUGGUCGCUGCCAACACUCUGGAAGACCCUAAGCAACAACUACCAAGGUCGUAAAAACCACCCUGGGCUCGGAUUCAACGAGUACAUUGAUGUGCUUCAAAGGCAGGAUAAGAGCGAGGCCCGGAAUUUCUGGAAGUCGUACUUGGCAGGUGCCCCAACGAGUCGAUUCCCCAGCGUUCCUAAGAAUCACCAGGUUCACGUCGAUAGCAGGAUGGAAUACGAGUUGCCCUCUGGCAAGCCGGCUGUUGCUGGUGUCACUGUUUCAUCGGUGCUCCGUGUUGCUUGGGCUCUGCUCAUUUCUCAAUACACAGCAGAGGACGAUGUGAUAUUUGGAGGAGUUCACGCCGCCCGGAAUGUAGACAUCCCAGGUAUUGAACGAAUGAUUGCGCCAACUGUGACUUCCGUCCCAGUUCGGGCAAUUUUCGAGCCCGAACAGCAAGUCACCAAGUUGCUUUCUACUUUCCAGGAACAAGCGACUGCCAUGAUGCCGUUCGAGUCUCUCGGAUGGACCGAGAUUCAAUCGCUCAACGCAGAUACGACUGCUGCCUGCAACUUCAAUAGCCUGUUUGUUGUCCAGGCCGGUGUUAACAAGGCCCAGCCUGAUGGAUUUACUUACACUGAGCUCAAUCAUGACAUGGACAAGUUCUACAUCCAUCCAUUGAAUGUAGAAUGCGAGUUUUUUGACGAAGAACCCGUCAAGACAACGGUCAACUUUGACUCGAAGGUCAUGAGCCUAAGACAAACUGAACGAAUCCUGCAUCAAUUGGAGUCUAUUCUGCACCAGCUAUGGGAUGCGGACGACACCUUGAGGAUCAAGGAUAUUCAGGGGUCUUGCCCUCAGGACCUUCUCGAAAUCAUCAAAUGGAACACCAAGCAUGCCCCACUCAGCGAGAAGAUCAUCCUUCUUGCUCAAGAACAACAAAAGAGUAUUUCUCAAGCUAGCAGCUAUCGUCCAUGGAUCGUGAGCCCGCGAAAUUUUACUCAACUUGCUGGUAUCGGGGCAAUUGGCGAGCUGCUCAUUGAGGAUAAUAGCAAGCCCAAGCUCCGCCCAUCAGCAAACCGAUUCUGGCCCACCAACUCACCUAUAUACAUCGGGAAACUCAUGCCCACUGGCCUUCUGGUACGGUACAACGAAGACGGAACUGUUUCCUACAUUGAUAAGGUGCGCAAGUCAGACAACAGCCGGAUUCAACUGCGACUGUUAGAGGAAACAAAUUCCCAAGUCGAACGAUCAUUACCAGGAGACAUCAAAUAUGCUGUUAAAAUUUUCUCUCCUUCUGGAGAGAGCUCGAUUACCGUUGUCUUCGUUUCCCUCAAAUCUGAAUCUGGGGGAACUCACCCAGUGUUCCUGCAAGAGGACUCACCUGGUCAUUAUGCGAUCCGUGAAAAGAUUAUUCUGGGAAUUGAACGCCUGAAGGCGUCCAUCCCAUCUUUCAAAUUUCCACAGUUUGUUCCAGUCUCUCACAUUCCCGUUCUGACUACUGGUGAUGCAGACGAUGGUGUGUUAGACAAGGUCGUACCCGACAUCAACGAGUCAUACUUCCUGGACCUCAACAAGUUGGAAGUUGCGCAAUCAAGACAGUUAACCAGUGCUGAGGAAACCAUGGUGCAUCUCUGGGAACAGGUUCUAAAUAUUAAAUCCGACCUGAUCGGCCACCAGGAUGAUUUCUUGCAACUAGGUGGCGAUUCAGUUAGGGCCAUGCGAUUGGUUGCCUCGGCACGCAAGGCCGGUUACUCUCUCACCGUUCGGGAUAUCUAUAACACUCCAGUAUUGUCCGAGAUGGCCAGCAUUGUGAAGCCAAUAGCCAGUAAAACUGCACCAAAGGCGCAAACCACAAUCACCAAAGAGAUGACUUCAAAUACCACCAAGGAAGUCUCCGUAGCAGCGAAGAUACCCGCAGCAGCACUGGCCCGAAUGGGUUUGUCAGAGGCAGAAAUUGAAGACGUCGUACCGUGUCUCUCUUUGCAGAAGCGAAUGCUGUGCAGCAGUUUGGUGGAAAACGCAGGUUUGAUCUACCACUACUGCAUUGCCAUUCCCUCGACAAUCGACAUCAUCCGUCUGACUUCCGCAUGCACGAAGCUAGUACGCCAUCACUCAAUCCUGCGGACUGUCUUUGUGAGAGGUCAAGACAACGAGAAUUUGCAGGUUGUGUGCAAGCCCUCUACCACUGAUAUUCAUAUUGAAGAAGUCAACGGCAAUCUCGCUAACGGCAGUGAGCAAUUUAUUGCUGAAGACAAGAAGUCUUGCAGCAUUUUUGAUAAGCCCAUUUUGCGAUUCAUUAUGCUUCGUGAUCUCCAGCAACGGACUAGUCGCUUCAUAAUUCGGCUGUCUCACGCCCAGUACGAUGGAUCUAGCAUCUCUAUUCUUCUGCAGGAUCUUCAAUCCGCAUACGUCGGAGACACCAUGUCUACUCCAGCCAGAUUUGGUGAUUUUGUCCGCAGCGUGCAUGCCGCGGAUACAACCGCCUCUCGUAAAUUUUGGGAAAAAACAAUGGGAGAGACUAAAAUGUCCAAUCUAGUGGAGCACGACACCCCCUCCGUUUCAAACUAUAUGGAUGCAUUGAUUCCUCGCAGCAUUCCCCGAGCCGUGUGGGAGCAGAUCGGCUACCAGCCUUCCAACGUACUCAAGACAGCCUGGGCCAUGAUUCUUGGUCAGCUGAUACAGUCAUCUGAUGUAGUUUUUGGUGAGGUCAUUGCCAACAGGAACCUGGAUAUGGAAAACGUCGAGACUGUGCUGGGGCCCUGUGCCAACGUUGUCCCAGUCCGGGUUCAAAUGAACCACAGAACCGUUCGCGACAUCCUAGCAGACAUCAAAGACCAAUCCAUCGCCAGAGUCCCGUAUGAAAGCGCCCCAUUCGAACAGACCAUGGCCGCACGUACCGAGUGGCCGCAUUGGGCCCGUUUCAGCUCGCUGGUCGUGCAUCAAGAUAUCGAAGUCUGGACUGACUAUGAUUCAGUCACAGCCAUGAACUUUGGAGGUGAAACCUGCAAACUCAGCUGGACAGAGCCAGUCUGGGACAUGGCGGAUUUGGCUGUUAUGUCGAGACCAGAGGGAGACAACAUCGUGAUCCAUGUCAACUUCAGCCGACAGCUCAUUCCCGAACACAUGGCUAUCACGAUCCUGGAUCAAUUAGAGGCUUGUAUUAACAGCCUUUCUCAGCAAAUGAACCAGUCUUUCACCUCGAUGAAGGGUGUUGUGAAUGGGCUCGCCCCGCCAUUCCCGAUAAGACAGGAACGGGCUGUCGUGGACGCACCUAAGGCGGAUCCUGAGGUGCAGAGACGGGUGCAUCAGGCGUGGAAGGCUGUAUUUCCUAACCGAUGGAUGCUUUCUUCGGGGAAUAAUGUGGAAAAUGUGAGCUUUUUGGAAUGGGGGGCUGAUUUAGUGACAGUGGCAGCGUUGAAAGACGCGUUGAAGAGUGAAGGAGUGGAGGCGACGGUUGGGCAGUUGCUGGCUAGUCCAACCAUGCGGGAGCAGGCUGUCGUGUUUGCAUGA